UUCAGAGGACAGCGGCAGUGAGACACGCGCGCAGUCAUGUUGGACACGCUCACGUUCCUGCUGGAGAGACUCUUCCUCCUCGCGCACAUCAAACUCUCCAGCCUGGUUCCUCCUCUGCGCAGAGAGCGCACGGAGCCGCCGCCGCCGCCGCCGCUCAGCAGGCGCCCGGAGAGGGAUGAACCGCAGAGGUUCCAGCGUGGAGACCUGCUGGAGGUCCCGCGGACGCUCUUUACGCACUUCGGCAUCUACCUGGGCGACAACCGUGUAGCGCACCUGAUCCCGGACAUCCUGCCGGCGCUGACCGCGGACCGGCGGCAGAUCCAGCGCAUGGUCACGAACACGCGCCUGCUGCUCGGCGUGCUCUCCAAGCGCGCGAGCAUCCGCGUGGACUCCGUGGAGGACUUCGCGUACGGAGCCGUGAUCCUGCUGAACGCCAUGGACCGCGCGGUGCCGCUCGGCCCGCUGGGCGCGGAGGAGGUGGCGCAGCGGGCGGAGCGGCUCGUGGGGUCCGUGUCCUACAGCCUGCUGUGGAACAACUGCGAGCACUUUGUCACCUUCUGCCGCUACGGGAGCGCGCAGAGCCUGCAGACCGACCAGUUUUGUGAGUGGCUGAAGUCUCUGAUCCGGGACCAGCGUAACAUCCUCUUGGCGGCGCUGCUGGGCCUCCUGUCCAUGCUCUGUGUGGGCGUGUCCCCCGGCACGGCCGUCCCCACCCUCCUCGUCCCCUUCACCCUGUGGAUGGCGAGCUAGGAGCACAAACACAGGCCCAGACGCCAAGCUGCCGUUUUUAAACUUUGGAAGACCAACUUAAACGUGGGAGUCGUCUGCGAAACACUUGAACCCUGAGAAUGAAAUGUGUUUGACAGAGGAAAGGAGAAAAAAUGAACCAUUUAAACCAUUUAAAGUCUCAAAACUGUCACCAAAAAUCCUUCAGUAAUAAUCACUCUGAGGUGAGAAUCACUGAGGAAAAACGACUAAAAAAGAAAAUCAACUCUUUCCUGUUCCUGAAGCUCUUGUGUAAAUAUGUGUAGAUUUGUUUUCACACCUGUUUGUUGCUGACGUUUGUACAGGAAGUUAUUUUUGUUUUUUUACAACACUGUAACACUUUAUAAUGUUUUAUUGUAAAUAAAGAAAAAAGUGGCAGAGCCA